AUGGCUCCAUCACUCUCCUCCUACCUCAGCCUCGCCUCCCUCUACACCUUCUACCUCCGCCGCUGCUUCUCCGCCGCCGGCCUCUCCGAGAAAACCACCGCCACCGACCCAACAACCACCGUCCAGUUCUGGUCCCCCACAAAACCCAACCCACAAAACCCUUCCCUCCUCCUCCUCCACGGCUUCGGCCCCGUCGCCAUCUGGCAGUGGCGCCGCCAGGUCCAGCACUUCGCCACUCGCUACAACGUCUACGUCCCAAACCUCGUCUUCUUCGGUGACUCCCACACGACGUCGUCCCGCCGGUCCGAGGUCUUCCAGGCGGAGGCCGUGGCGGCGCUGAUGGACAAGCUCCGGGUGGGAGGAAAGUACUCCGUCGUGGGGACCAGCUACGGCGGGUUCGUGGCGUACCACGUGGCGAGGAUGUUCCCCGACAGGGUGGAGAAGGUGGUCGUGGCCAGCUCCGGGAUCAACAUGCGGCCGGCCGACAACGACGAGCUCGUCAGGAAGGCGAAGGUGGAGAGCAUCGGUGACCUCAUGCUGCCACAAACGGCGUCGCAUCUGAGGGCCCUGCUCGGCGUCGCUGCCUCCGCUAGCGUCCGAAGGGCGCCCGAUUUCCUACUCAAUGACCUCAUCAACAAACUGUACGCGGAGAAGCGGAAUGAGAAGUUGGAGCUUUUGCAAGGGUUAACUCUGGGCCAGGAUGACACGCUGACUCUUUCACCGCUGCAACAGGAGGUAUUGUUAAUAUGGGGAGAAGACGACCAGAUUUUCCCUUUGAAGAUGGCUCAUGAACUCAAGGGGCUAAUAGGGAAGAAGAACAAUGUGAAGUUGGAAGUGAUGAAGAAAGCAUCGCAUGUGCCGCAGAUUGAAGACGCGCCCCAGUUCAACAAAAUCCUCCAUGCUUUCUUGUCUUCUUAA